CUGUGGUGGGUUUGUCAAUCCGGUGAGCCUUGAGGCGUCUCGCUAAGACUCGCUAGGGUCCAGAUUUUGUGGGGCAGUUCAGUGCGUUUCCUUUCGCCCAGUGCAAGUGUGCAUGCCAACCCCCGAAAGUUCGAUGCAUUUUUAUGUGAUUAUCUAUUGAACCAGCAACGUGUAACAGCCGUGGUACGUCGUGUGUUUUUUUCCCUGGUGCAAACUGCAACGGUUGGCGACGCUACAGCCUGAUCGCCGUCAGCUCUAGCAAACGAACAUGGAUAAAAUAGCGAAGCUCAUUUUUCUAUUUUCAGUUGCAAUCACGGUGGCACUGGUGAUGGGCAAGAAGGAUGACGAUCCGCUACGAAACCUUUUCGGUGGCCCGAACGUGUGGGGACCGCUGAUGAAGUGGAACCGUCCGGCGUCCGGUGAGGCGGCGGACGAUGGCAACGCGGUGGAGUACGCGGAGUACGACCAACCGGACACGUAUGCCGAAGCCGGACACCCGAUUGUGGUGAAGCGUUCCCAUGCCCGCCAGCCGCUCUGUGAGGUACUGCUGAACAUUGUGUACGUCGGCAACGGUACGGAUGGGUACGAGUAUCGUCCGAAUCACUAUGUCACCGAGUCAUGCCUUAGCUCGUACAACAGCUAUCAGAAUAAGUGUACCGAGACUGGCCUUUCCUGCACCCAGAUACGGCAGAAGAUCUACAUCACACGUCGCAAGGUGAUUGAAGGUGCGGAGACCAAAGCCGCCAACUGCUGGGAACAUGUGGCGCUCAGAGAGAUCGAUGCCGGGUGUGAGUGUAUGUGGCCGAAGGAGCAGAUCGGUGACAAGCAUUCCUACCGUUUGGGCAAAUAACAGCACGGCCCGGAAGAGUUUUGGCGAGCGACACGAACAAUUAUGCUGCUGCCCCGUACAGGUGGACGUCGCCAACCGUCCGGAUAACCCCCUUCCCAACUCCCUCCCACCCUCAGCUACCAGGAGAUGGCGAGUUACCCAACAUUCCGAGCACGGAUUAAUGUGUAAAAUGAGCCCUUUUACGUGUUUAUCGCCCGUGCGACGAGUAUUUGUACUGUACAUACCCCGAACUGGCGUAUUGGUGUGUGUGUGAGCUACUGUAGCGACAUUCGGACCCCAAAACUCCCAAAUAUUGUAUCGGUGGACUUUGGUGGUGUGUGGGGAUUGAUGAUGGUUGCCGAAUGCUUGCACACGCUUUUUUAUGGUAACCAUGCACCACAAAAGCACCACACAACAAACAGCAAAGAAACCCCGCUCUAUAAGUAUUAUUAACACACUAUUGUCGUAUCUAUUUAUUGUAAGAAGUUAAAA